UUUUUUUUUUUUUUUUUUUUUUUUUUUUCUUUUCCUUGCUUCUUUUGGCGAUAGGGAUGGUCGGGGGAUCGGAACCCGGUGUCAAAAAUAAGGAUGAGAGCACGAAAUCCGUGUUUCUCUACGGCUACGGAAUAGGGAAAUGGCGUCAGUGCAUGAUUGAUGGCACGCGCGGUCAUGGACUACAGUAUAUUGUAUCUCAGAUUUUCAUUGGUGGAGUGUCUAAGGGGAAUUGCCGGACGACUAUCAGCUUCUAUUUUUGCCUGUAUUCUAUAUAUCCAGUUGUGUCGAUGAGCUCUUCGUGGUUUCAUUGACUUUGAUGACCUUUUCCUUUCUUUGUAUAACGAUUGCGGUUAUGAGUGAAUAUUUC